AUGUUACUGAUUCCUAGCACGUAUAAUAAUACCACAACAACAGGUGAUGACGACAAGAAAAUAGAUCCACGAGAAUAUGAGGACCUCGGACCAUGUGUCUCCAUGGCGAUUGAAGCACAGAACGAAGAGCAAUUCCUACGACUCUCGUACAAGUUGAAACGGACGACCUCGUUGCAUAUGGGGAGGAAACCAGGCACUGCUGGUGCUGCCACUGGUGACGCAGAGUGUCGUCCCACAAAACAGUUUUGGAAGGAGUCUAGACAAUGUAGGACGUUUGCUUUGCCAAGUGAGGAGACUCUCCGGGUGAAGGACGACGUCUCGGUGGGCCAGGGCGCCCCAGAUAAGUAUGUGGACUAUCUGUCGUAUCGUUGGAACGAUUUCGAAGUGAUUAAUUCCUGGAAGUUUAUUCGUUUGGCAAGGAAAUGGUGUCAUGAAAGAAAAACGUUGCAAGUGGAUGAUGGGUUGAAGGAUGAUUUGAAACCAAGCGAGCUUUAUAAUCGAAGACUGGAGAAUAUGUCGUGGAGAAUUUGGUUUAAAUUGAAAUUGCCGAUGGCCUUACAACCAACUCAAAACGUUAAGGAAAUAUUGUUUAAUAGCAUGUCGAAUCAAGAUAUGACUUGGCUCUAUGGACCUUUGAUACAUAGAGAUCAAAGUGGUUCCGUAGCAAGUAUUCAAAACAUUAACGAUACAAAAAAUAUUCAAAAAAAGACACCUUACAUUAAACCCAUCUUAAAGAAAAGAAAUUUGGGUGAAACUUUAGAGAAAAACUCCUUAUGGAGACUUAGAAAAGUUAAACGAAAUAUUAAAAGAAGAAGUUCUUUGGACUAUAGGCAUAUCAGACAGCAUACUAGAUUAAAUAUUCCUAAUACGGAUAGAUCAGCAUCUUAUUUUGAUGAUGAGCCCUUGAUCGAAAGUAAUGAUAGUAGCAACCCAUCAUCUUCGUCUACUUCUUCAAGUUUUACCGGACUGGCAGCAAUAACCAACCAACACUCACACCCGCAUAAUGAUAACGACAAUAACGAUUCUACAACUCAUUCACCAAUAUUAGAUGAUAUUCAACCACAAUUAGAUGUCAGGCACAUCAGAUUUAGUAAUAAUGUACAACAAUGCAUUGCCAUUCAUAAAUCAAAAUCAAACCUUGAUUCAACUGAACUACAGAAGGAUAUCAUUCAACCUUUACCCCCUACUCAAUUAAAUUAUUAUUCAGGUUCAGAAUCUGAUUCUUCCUCUGAAUCAUGUCCUGAUGAAGACUGUGAUGAUUGUAAUAAAGACACUAACGUUGCCUAUAAGCAUUAUAGCUACAUUAAAAAUAAAUCUAAAUCUAGAUCCAAAGCAGUCUCUCAUAAUGUCAAUACCUCUAGAAGAUACCCUUACAUAUAUGAUUACAAUUCUGUCUAUACUGGUGACGUUAGCAAUUUGUUACCAAAGGAUUAUUCCUGUGAUAUUAUUGAUUUACCACAAGGUUUGGGACUAGAGUUAAGUGCACCUACCCAACCUAUUGCUAUUCCUUCUCCUACUUGUGAGACAGAUAUUCUUAUCACUAGUGAUGAAACUAUAAUCCUUUCGCCGAGUGCAACAACACCAUCUCUUUCACCUUCGCAUAGUAUUAUUGUACCAUCAUCGGCAUUUUCUACUCCACAGACUCCAUUAAGCUCAACGUUCGGUUAUUCUUCGACUACUUCAACUUUCUCAACAGAAGACACUGAGACAAGCUCUGUACAAGCAUUGACAAAGACAAGAGAUUUUAUCACGGGACAACUAAUCAGUAGUAAUAGUAAUAGUGCUAAUGAUGACGAUAGUAACAAAGGUUCUCCUCAAUUGCUAGAUGCAAUGGAAACGCCUCCUACUUUAUUUAACCCUAAAUUUAAAACAUCACCAACAGCUUUAGCAAACUUCAUAUUCAAUUCAUCGGAUGAGAGUGAUAUUUAA